AUGGGAUCUACCGAUCAAUAUUCCGUUCCUUCCGAGGCGAAACAGGUAUUCGAAAACGGCAUCUUGCGAAACCCUUUGAUGAGCACCCUGCCCAAGGAAUUAGUGUCUCUUAGCAAACAUGUGCGGUUUGAGGGCUCAUCUCAGCCAAUUAUCCCUAUUAACUGGAGAUUCGCGGAGAGUAUAUCGGCGAUCAAGGCCUUUGAGGCCACCAUGCUCAACCAUCUUCUGGGUCAGAAGUACAAAAUUGACCCUGUCGAGGUUGUCAUCAAUACGAACCAUGCGAGUCUUUUUUUCAUGUCCCCCUUGAUCGCACGCUAUAUCAAGGAAGGCAAUCCGGUUCCUAUGGAUCCAUUUUCAUCGGAAACGCAAAAAAUGUUCCCGAACCAAGACAAGCACCAAUCGCACGCAAGUCUCAAUCGAAGCUUAGUGACCAAUAUCUAUAAGACAAAGGAUGGUCGGUUCUACCAUAUGCAUGGAAAUAUGAAUCCCGAACCUGCCCUAGCAGCUUUAGAUCUUCCCUUAAAUGGCGAAGAAAAUGACACUUAUGACUCUGUGGUCGAAAGAAUCCAGAAUAAGAUCUCUGAGUAUAACGCAGAGGAUCUUGACGAACUCAUGAAUGAGAAAGCCAGAACUUCUGGAACCAUAGCUUGGUCAUCGGAUGAGUAUUUUGCGAGCGAACAUGGCAAAGCUUCGGGUAAAAUUGGGCUUUACGAGAUCAUCAAAGACCCAAGCUCGACCCAGCAGGCUUCUUGGUGGCCAGAAAACGUCUCUAAUCCUUCUUCGCCUAAGCGGCCGCUUGCCGGUCUAAAGGUGGUGGAUCUUACCCGAGUUAUCGCUGGUCCUACUAUUACAAGAAGUCUUGCUGAAAUGGGCGCGAGUGUCAUGCGUGUCGUUUCUCCGCAUGUGACUGACCUUUCUGCCCUUCACCAAGAUCUAAACUGGGGCAAGUGGAAUUCGUUCUUGCACCUCAAGGAUGAGGCAGAUAGGGAAAAGCUACGAGAUCUAAUUCGAGAUGCUGAUGUCGUGGUUGAUGGAUAUCGUCCCGGUGUUAUGGAGAAAUUGGGCUUCAGUCGUCAAGUUAUCUUUGAUUUGGUUAAGGAUCGCCGACGCGGUAUCCUGCACGUGCGAGAAAAUUGUUAUGGAUGGUAUGGGCCAUGGUCUCACCGAAGUGGCUGGCAGCAGAUAAGUGACGCCAAAGAACUGAAAAAGGCUGACAACAAUAGUGUUGUGGUGUUUCGAGAUCUUAUGCACAAGCAAUGGGUCAUGAUGAGGCCGUGA